AUGAAGUUUGGCCUCGAGGCCUCGUCCUCUUCAUCCGCGUCUGAAUCCGAGCAUGACGAUGCACGCGUGACCAUCGGCUCCGUAAGAAGACCUGAGCCCGUCAUCAAACACGGCGCUGACGAUGACGAUUCGGACGCCCCUGUGCCUCUGGAACGACUUGCUUCGAGGUCAGUCGAGCCUUUGAUUCUGUCGGUGUAUGUAUGAGCUAACUUAAUUUCUGCAUUGUCAUCAGACCCAUCCGUAAAGCCCCCUUUCGACGACGACCACCAACUGCAGGUCUAUCCAACCCCACAUCCUCGACCUCGACCUUGACCUGCGCACAGACCGCGUCUAGUACGACCACUCCAGCCGCGUCCCCCUCGAACUUUCUUCCCCGACCUAUCCGAACGGUCGCACCUCCGUCGGUCAAAUCGCGCAAGGGCAAAUUGGUGCAGUUCGAUUCGAACUCGUCCGACGAGGACCUCGAUCAAUCGAGUUGGAGACGACGGGACACCCGGCCUGAUCACCUUGUGGACGAUGAUAAGGAAGACAACGAUCAGGGUGACGAUCAGGACGAUGACGGGUAUAGUGAUAGUGAAGAGGACGAAUGGCCCGUUGGUCCUAUCGGGUCGGUCGGGAUCGGUGGGUGGAGGAGGGCGAAUGGUGACAUAUCGAGUGCACAAGGCGCCAAGGCCAGGUCCAGUCGCAUGUACGUGCACGACGGUUGCAUACGCAUAGCCAAGGCCUAGACUGAUACUAAUACCUGUCGUUCGUGCCUGCACAGAGCCAUGUCCCCGGAUCACCACCUCAAGGCUUAUGGAGGCACCGACGCCUUCCAGAUCUGGGACGAUCGCUCAAAGGCCAUCAGUUGGGUGCGUCAAUUCAUCGCAGUCGUAUUCUCCAAUGUCUACUCCAAACUUGAUAUCAUACGAGCUAAUUCCCCGAACCGCCGAUCCCACAGGCGAGCGCAAACCGAUCCUUUCACCUCAGUCUCGCUCGAUCGUUCUCGACCUCACCAACAGCGAGCCGCACCGACUCCACCACCUCCAUCACGAAUGACAUCUCUUCGAUCGAAUCGCGGCUCUCCUCUCUGGCUUUACAAGCAUCAGCGGAGAAAGCAGCAUUGGUGAAAUCGUUCCAGACGCGCAAUGCGGCAUUGUGGAAUUCGAUCGAGGCUUCUAUCCGUGAGGCCGAGAAGGAGGAAGGGGAUAAGCAAAGGGUGUUGGAAGAGAAUCGGAGGAAACGACAAGAGGCUGAACGGAAGGCCAAGGAGAUGAGGGAGGCGGAGGAACGGAAGAAGAAGGAAGAGGAGGAGAGGAAGGUCAGGGAGGGGAAGGAGAGGGAAAGGAAGGAAGCGGAGGAGAGGAAGAGGAGGCAAGAGGAGGAGGAAAAGAGGGUCAAGGAACAGGAGGAGAGGGAUAGGAAGCUGGCCGUUAUUGCUCCGCCUAGUGGGAAGGGGAUCGAAGGGUCACCGCAGGCCGAAUGGGAGAGAUGGACAGCAGUCAUGACGGUGAGUAGAGUGGGGUAGUAAGACGAUCUGUCAGGAGAAGGUCCCGCAAAGCCCUGAACAAAGGUUCUUCCCUCCGUCACAGCAAAUCAAAACGGGUGUCCUGCCCGUCGUUUCCCAAAAUCCGACUUAUCGCAAAGAAUGCUUCACGGCGAAACGAGCCAUCACGCCCAAGAUUGGUCAACUGACCGCCUCGGCCGAGAUGACUCUACGCGUGAUCAACCAACUCGACCAAGUCCUUUCCUCAAUGCGACCACCGCCCGGUGGACCUCGAGAACCUUACCGUUGGACGUUGAACCAUCUUGCCAAGGCGUUGGUCAAACAAGCGGAGACGGAGGUGACGGCGAGGAUCUCGACGGCUUAUCCACUUGCGAGGGUCGUGAUUGGGUUGAUUGUGCGAAGUCAUGAGGAAUUGGGCGAGGUGUUGAUGGCUCGUUUGGUGAAGAAGUGCUUUUGGAUCACGGGGUGGUGGCCUCCUAAACAACCCGUGAGCCCGUUCUUCACCAGCUCACCAUUGAAGGGGCACAAACUCAUCACUGUUCAAUCCCUUCAAAUGGAAAAACCCAGGGCCAAACCGAAGAAGCGCACCAAAAAUCCCUUGGCCAUGCCCCACCUUCAGCAGGUGAAUCGCUCAUCCAAUACGCCUCCCGCAUGUCAGGCCUCAUCGCUCUGUACGCCGCCAUCACGCAAACCUCCCCCCUCGAAGCACCUCAAGGACCCUGUCCGCGCGAACAGGUGGCUCAUGUGCCGCCUCAUUUCAGACUUGCGGCGGGGUGGAGAUGGAUCGUUUUGAUUUUGAGAGUCCCGUUGGUCGGGUUGCAGCCUACACCCCAAUUGUUGGGAUCGUUCUUGGAGAUCGCGGGGGAAAGGUUGCUGGAAGUGUAUGGGAGGCAAUUCGCGAAAGUUUUGGAGGUCGUGUUGAGGGAGGGGAUUAGAGAGGGUAAGGCAGGAUUUAGUGAUAAGAGUGUUAGUUCGACGGUCAGGUUGACGCUUUGGUUGGAGGAGUGGGAGAAGAAGGGGAAAGUGGAGAUGACGCAGGGGAGGAAGCCGGAUCUUUGA